AUGCCGUCGAACAUCCAGGUCUUCGUGAAAUGGAAAGAUCAGACGAUCUUUGCGGGAGAGAAAGUGGAAUGCACAAUUACCUUUAAGAAUGUUGCAGAAACUGCUUCUGAAGCAGGUCAUGGGGGUGAGGGUGGUCAGCACCAACGGAAGCUGUCUCGCGUUGCGAACCACACGAGCAGCUCCGGUUCCGACUCGUUCUUCUCGUUGAAAUCUCCCCAGGGUCUGUUUUCAGGGAGACGAUCAUACUCUAUUAGCUCUAAGAGGAAGCCUUUUCACCGGACCGCCUCGUCACUGAGCUCCCCGCUUGUCUCCUCGCAUAGCUUCCCGCCGACAAGCAGCCCCUCUACCCCUCGAAGUUGGCAGCCCGGCCACAGUCACAAACGAUCAGUAUCAAUUCUAUCGAUUGAGAGCGAAGGAUAUCCCGAGAAGACACCACCGCCGCAGAACUAUGGCCGGAAUCGACCAGCCAGGGGUCAUGGACGCUCAGCGAGUCUCCAGGUUGCCCCUAGGAGGAAUGACAGCUACGAUGACUCCCAUCGGAAAGCGUCGAGGGCUCCAAUACGCGGUCCUCCACUCACAGAGUCCCCAAACGAGUCCGCGCCAGGCAACUUGAAACUCGACACUUUGAACCUUGGGCGAGCAAGUCGACCUGCCUCUCUUGCAACCAGCCCCAUUGCUCCAACCGAGCAAAUACGUUCCACGCCGCAAAGGAAACAGCUACCAGCUUUCGACUUCAAAUUCCCUCCUGCCCCUCCGUCGACUGAUCCAAGUACCACCCGCCCUGCUCUCUCCCCCUCUCCCAAGUCAAUGGAAAGAAUCCCUUCACCCGGAAGGCCGGUAUCCAAGGACUCAACGGCGUUGGCCGCACCAUCGCAUCAGCAGGUCACGCGCAUAAUAUCCGCUACAAGCGUGAAUGGAAGCAGCCGAAGCAGUGGAGAGUUCUACUCGGUCAGUGAUCACUCGAGCGAGACAUUGGCAUCAGAGUAUACCAAUUAUUCAACACAAGCCGCACGACCACCGCCUACCCCACGCCAUGGACGGCAUUACUCGAGUGUUAUAUCAGCCACAAAGCCAUCCGAUAGCCACGCGCUACUCAUGGGCUAUGCACAGAUCAGCGCGUCGUUCACAGUAGAUGGAUCUUUGGUGAACCAGUCAGUUUUUGACGAGGUCAAACGGAAAGGUGUCGUCGGUGGCCAAGCAGGUACAGGCGGGGUGCCAGGACGGCCGAGCUCGGCGAGUGGAGAUCGUUCACGCAAAGGGGGUGGUGGGUUCUGGGGAGCUCUCAAGUGGAAUGCGAUUGAAGAGUCGAUCAAUGGACUCCUGUCGAACAACGAGCUUGAUGGCCUGCGAGAGAUGCGCGGUGUUGCUUCGUCGCGAUCCAUUCCGUUGCUUUCCACUCCGCAGUCGCUCCUUUUCGUUGAUCUCAGACUGGCUCCGGGCGAAGAACAAUCGUUUUCAUUCUCUUUCGCACUUCCCAAGGGACUCCCGGCGAGUCAUAAAGGCAAGGCGAUCAAGAUAGCCUAUAAUUUGGUCAUUGGUACUCAGCGGCCUAGCGGCCCUAAUGAGUCUCAGCGAGUGAAUCGCAUUAAUAUUCCAUUCCGCGUUUAUAGCGGCGUCAACGACAAAGGCGAUGUUCUCGGCCACGACCUGAUGUCACCAUAUGUGAUCUUGCGUGACGAAGCUAAGGUGCAAAAACUUGGGCCUACUACACCCGUGACCGUGAAAAACCAAAGCAUCAGCGGACCAUGGCAAUCCGCUGGAGAAUUCCUUUCUUACGUCGAUGAGAUUCUCGAACAGCGUGCUCGCUCAAAUUCGCUCUUUCCGCCUGGAGCCCUUUCGGAAAGACGAUCAAGCUAUGAUGGCCCCCCUCCGGGUGCCUUGUCUUGUAAAGACAUAAUUGACUUUGCCAUCCUUCGCAGCAACCAACCUGCGCAGUCACGACGCAGCCCCAAUCGAUUCGAGAUUGCUCGCGAUGGGCAACGGAUCGCCGUUGUGGUACUGAAUCGUCCCGUGCAUCGACUGGGUGAGACUGUGAUCGCCACUGUCGACUUUGGUGACGCUUCCAUCCCAUGCUAUGCUGUGCGAGCAUCACUCGAGACCUCCGAGAAAGUCAUGCCCACAAUUGCAGUCCGGUCGAGUGCAAGCAUUCAUCGGACCACCCGCCGCAUCCAUGCCUCUCUAUUCGAGAACACGCUAUAUGCAACUAGGGUUGUGUUCAGCCCUGCAAUCCCUAUUUCCGCCACGCCUACAAUUCUGACUAGCGGUGUGACUCUUGACUGGGAUUUGCGGUUCGAGUUCGUAACGCCGAAAUCGCAUGGAGAGCCCGGUCAGGGCCCUUCCGGCACUCGAUUGCUCGAGACGAUAUCCUCCGAUGAUCGCGGCAAAGUUUUGUCUGCGAUGGAGCAUCUGGGUUGCGAAUCAUUUGAAAUUUCUAUUCCCUUGACAGUCUAUGGUGAGACUGUGCGGGAACAGCUGCCAGAAGAGAACAUGGGGUAUGCGAUCUAG